AUGUGGAGAACUAAUAUACACGAUGGUGGAAUAAGCUCGGUUCGUAUUGCUAUUGUUGGAGAUUCUGGUGUAGGAAAGACUAGUCUUGCCAACCUCAUCUGCACUGGAUCUCCUCUCUUGCAGUCUGGCAGACCUCCAACCACUACUCGAGGUUGCACUCUAUCAGUCAAGACUCACAAUCCUUCUACCCUCCACUCACCAGUCACAGUAGAGUUGGUCGAUAUUGCUGGUAGAUCCAACAACUGUUUAUCUCGUCGUCCAUUCUAUUCUGGUAUUCAUGGAUUGAUUCUCGUUCAUGACGUUCGCUUACAGUCUACGCUGUCUUCCUUGCAUUCAUGGCGGAAUGAGGCCCUCGAGUCACUAUCGACACUCUGUCCAGUGUCUUCAUCUCAUUCGUUUCGAGAAACAGACAUUGAUGUAGUUGUAGUACAAGACCAUGCAUCUCAACCAUCCAAUACCACCAGUCAUCUUGAAUCAGUUUCUAUCCCAAUGCUCGUUGUGGGCACAAUGAUCGACAUGUCUCCUUUACCACCUAAACUCAUUCCUGAUCUCUCCUUUCUGAUCCCAGGCUCAAACCAUCGUUCUUAUCUAAAAAACAGAUCCAUUAUUGACGAGUAUGGCUUGCAGUCUAUCCAUAUGUCUACACAGGUUUUAAGUGAGGCUGGAAUAUCCACCAUCGACUCUUUUAUAGAUACAGUGAUUUCUCAUGCCAGUGCCAAAGUAUCGGCAAAAGGGCAUGGCACCGCUUUGACAAACCCUUACUCCAGCACACCAUCACUUCAGACAUAUGAUUAUACUGCAACUCGCGAGCAUGCUUUGCCAUCUGUCUCACUCGGAUCAAAUACAACGUAUGGGCGUGAUGAAAGAGUGGAUUCAAGACAUGAUAGUGUACAGAUGAGUGCCGAGUUGUUGGAUCGUGGAUAUCAAAAUAACAGUAAUGCUGUGGCUGGAUCAUUUACCAAGAGAGUCUCUAAUGGAAUAUACGGAGAAGGUCGAAAGCGAUAUACUUAUGGCAACCCAACUUAAAUCCAACGCUAUUUUGUAUAUUGUA